UGUACGUACCGUCGCAUGAAGUCGAAAACACCUAGUAGGAAGUAUCAAUGUUUUCACACGCAAAAGAAGGCGUAAAUGUAACGCAUGUAUUAUAAAUUCUCAGUCCGUCGGUUUGAUCUGAAAUUAUGUUGCCUGGGGUGUUUUACGCGUCGCUGGCGGGGUUUCUGGCAGCUUUAGCAUCAUCUUCGGCAAAGUUAUCGCUGGGUGCAGACUAUCUGAAGGAGGUGUGUGAGACAGGGCUGAAGAUAUGGACAGAAAGACAGGGGAGCGCUUUGGAUCAGGGGCUUGAUACCACAAUUUGUGACUGGUUACAUAUACCCUUGCGGCUACUCUGUGGUGGUCUUCUGUUCACCUGCAACGCCGUGAUGUGGACGUUCUUCGCCAAAGCCCUCCGGCACUCAUCUUCCUCUGCUCGUGCCACUGUGACCACCACUGCCUCAAAUUUUAUAUUCUCCGCAUUCCUCGGACACGUGAUCUUUGGGGAAACACAUGCCAACUUAUGGUGGAUUGGUAUAAUUUUGACCUUAACAGGGCUUCUUGUCUUGCAUGGAUCAACUCCGCAGGCUUCAAUGGAAAAUGUGUCUAAGAAAGAUGAAUAACAGAACACAAAGCAAAAAUAUAGACCAAAUAACAAGACUAUUGAAAACUGAUACUUGAAAUAAAAAGAACAAAGAAGGUCAAUUAUAUAAAAACACUUAAAGAUGAUAUAUUCAUCUGAUGAUAUAUGCAGAUCUGUAUGUUGAAAUUAUUUGUGUUGAGAAUUUUUUUCUCAGAUUGUUGUUUUGGAAAUGUUUGUAAAAGAUUUUCAUAUUUUAUCAUUCCUGUGCAUUAUAACAUAUGAUGUUUGUAAGAAACAAAAGCAAAUAGAUGCAGAGCAUAGAAAUGUUUUUUAGUUUUUACAUAUAGCCAUAUAUCAUUUACUGUGCAAUUGCAUAACUCUAUUAUUUGGAAGAGAUAAACAGGAUGUUUUUGGUAUUAAAUAUCAAUUAGGCAAAAAUGAAGCCUAGCACUCAAAAGUUUGGACACACAUUGAAUUUAUAUUUUAAUCUUAAUCUUAGUAAUUACUAAGAUACUUUUGUUUCAAUCUCAGGUUAUUUCAAAGUCACAUCUUGAGUGAAAUUAUUGUACAUAAAAAUAUUUAGUUGCAAUGUAUUUAUGACCUAUGGUUGGGUGAGAUAUGGGUGCUUUCUUGGUUAAUUUAAUUGUUUGUAUUUUACUGUUUUCAUAUUUUAGCAUCUUUUAGAAUGUAUAGACAAUAGAUGAACUGUAUGAAAUUGAAAACCACUCCCCGGUUACUAAAUGAGUUUAUAACUGUGUGUUUAUUGAUUCACCCAUAAUCAAAACUGUGAAAUACCUCAUAGAAAAAAAGCACAUUUAUUAACUUUUAUUAAAGUUGUGCAGCCAUAUGACACUUCAAACAAUGAAAAAAAAAAUGCAGAUAGAUGAUGUUUUGUAAAAAAAACAGAUAAAACAACAUUAAAGGCAUGCUAUUGAAGAAUAAGAAAUAAAGAACAAGAUCAAACAAUAAAAUCCUGGGAUUGUAAAUCUUAAAAACAUUUCCACAAAAUACAGAAUAUAUUUUUUACAAAAAAAAAUAAUUGUUGUAUGCAUGCAAAGAUGUAUUUAAUUUUGCAAUAGUUUUUUCCAUUGUAUUUAUGUAGUGUUUUAAUGUAAUGCAAAGCAGCAUUUCUGAAAUGAAAGAACUUUUUAAAUCAUGAUGUGUUGUUGUCUACAUUGUUAGAAGAAAGGUACAAAAGCUGUCACUGUGAUGGUUCCCUUUAAAAAGGCCCUAAUAAGAUAUUUACCUUUGAGGUACUAAUAUGCACCCUUUAGGUACAAUGGUGUACUUUUUGAAAGAGCACCACCCCAGUGAUAGCAUUUGUACCUUUUUCUGAGAGUGUAUAAGAAUCAGAUAAACAA